AGAAGGUCGUGUUUUGCAUCCGCUGUGGCACAGAGCUGCUGGGGACCAGCUCCAACUUCUGCCACCACUGUGGCGCCCCCUCGCUGCAGGAUACAGGUGGCCGCCAGAGGGCGAUAGAGAGGGCAAUCACGCACCUUGUCCGUCUGUCCCUCUGUCAGAUAGGGACAGGGACAGUCAGUGUCAUCGUGGGGAUUCUCAUGUUAAACUUUGCCCUUCCCACUGGAGGGUGGCCCCUGGUCUCUGGAUCUCCCAUUUGGUCUGGUAUUGUGGUGGCAGCAGCUGGUGCAUGCGGCUUUGCCACACAAUAUAAUACCUAUAAAAGUGUCCACAACAGAAAACUAAGAUCUCUAGUACUGGCCCAUUUUGGCCUGAGCAACUUAGGAAUCACAAUGUGUGCCUUCAACAUAGCCUUCACAGGUUGGAGCCUGGGGGUAUGCCAGGGGUGGAAAGAAGACCAAUGCUUCCCCAACUUCAACCAGAACCUCGUCAUGGAGGGGGUUAACCUUGUGGUUGGUCUGAUGGCGGCCAUAUUCUCUAUCAUUGGCACCAGUUAUAUUUGCUGCUUUGGGCGCAGGUUUGACGUGAUGGUAAGACCCGGGUACUCGCGAGGGGUGUAUUAUGGGAGCCCCUCCCAUCAACUCCAGGUCUGA